GAAGAGAGUACACUUACAGAUCAACAAAAUUGGUUAUAUGCUAUUUUCAUUUUGUGUUUAGCAUUUAUUUAUUAUAUAUAGUGCUGAUGAGUUAAUGAAAAAAUUAUAAUAAUAUUAAAAACUAUUAAACGGAAUCGCGAAUACUUAUAACACGGUGUUAUUUCAAGAUGCUUGAAGUUACGGACGACUCGGUUGAUGCUGGUCGUUAUACUGUUAAUGCAAAAUCUAUAGAUUUUGGACCGUGGCACAUAUCGUACAACAUAAGCUGUAUUUUGCCCAGUGUAUGUUCCACCAAAGUUGUUUGCGAGCGAGAUGACGAUCAGUUCUGUCAGUUUUGUAUAUACUGUAAACAGUUAAGCAUUCCACACUUUCCAGAUAUGGUAUUUCCUAAGAAUAUUCUGUCUUUGUCACACAAGCAUGGAAGCAGGAUACAUUUUGAGCCUCUGGAUGCUUUACGUAGAGUAUCCUGUCGUACUGAGGCUAUUGAAGUGGCUUGUGCGGAGGCUUGGCAAGAGGCUAGACCUGAUGCAGAGAAGGCUAAGAAAACUUUUGACUGGACAUUUUCGACAGAUUACAAAGGAACCUUGUCGGACGACAUCAUCAUCCAACCAACCGAUGAGAUGAUCAACAUAGAGCUUUUGAAACGCAGGGAUCAGAUACUCUUCUAUCACGAUCUCACCCUGUUUGAGGAUGAACUGCACGAUCAUGGUAUUUCAAAGCUGUCCGUUAAAAUCAGAGUGAUGCCAACAUGCUGGUAUGUCCUUCUAAGACAUUUCCUCCGAGUGGAUGAAGUGUUGGUCCGAGCUCAGGAAACGAGAAUGUUUCACAUGUUAAAUUCAGAUUAUGUCCUUAGAGAAUACACCCUCAGGGAGGCGAGAUCUCAUGAAAUAAAAUUGAACGUUUAUCAAAUGAAGGAAGCCGAUGAUGUCAUACCAUACCUGCCAAUGAAAACUAGGACUAUGGAGAAAUUAGUUGUUAAUACGAAGUCCGACUGAUUGUGGUGUGUCCGUGUAGCCGUAUGUGUAAAUGUCUAACCAGUUAUAGAGGUUUUGGUAAAUUCGAUGUCAUUUUAUUUAUUUCACCUCAAAUGCUCAAUGAAAGAAAUGUGUUGUAAUUUUUUUUUUUAUGUGAUCAUUUGAAAGGAAAUUUGUUAAUUUUGUAAGUAAAAAUAAAUUGAAUAUGUCCCGGAUGAGCUUAACGCGUCUGGAACAUAGAUAACUAGCAUUUA